CUUUGAACCAAUGGCAGAGCAGGUCAGAGUCCCGUGCAGCUGAUCAUCUGAGGUUUCUGCGAUGCAGUACUGUAGUACUCGGGGUGGAGUCCAUGGAUGGGAUUUCCGGGAUGUGCUGUUUUCAGGUUACGCUCCUGAUGGGGGCAUGUUCAUGCCGGAGAGUGUGCCUGAGCUCAGCCCAGAGACCCUGAGGGGCUGGAGGGGGCUACCCUACACCAAUCUGGUGGUGGAAGUUGCCUCACUGUUCAUCCCCACUCAGCUGAUCCCCAGAGAGGACCUGGAGGUCCUAGUGGAUGAGGCCCUGUCUGGUUUCUCAGUGCCAGAGGUGGUAAGAAUCGCCAGGCUGAAGGAGGGUCUGUCAGUCCUGGAGCUCUUCCAUGGAGACACACUGGCCUUUAAGGACCUGGCUAUGACCUGCACUGUGCGCUUCCUCAACUACUUCCUGCGAAAAGAGGACCACAGAGCUACUGUUGUUGUAGGUACAUCAGGAGACACAGGUGGCUCGGCCAUUCAGAGUGCCAAAGGUCUCAGUGGGUUGGAUGUGGUGGUGGUUUACCCCCGUGGACGCAUUACUCCAGUCCAAGAGAAACACAUGAUCACCUGCCUGGAGGAUAACAUCCAUGUGUUUGCAGCGGACGGCAGCUCAGAUGACAUAGACCAGCCUCUGCGCCGCCUGUUUGCAGACCAGGAACUCGUCAGGUCUCACGGCCUCAUGAGUCUCAACUCUGUCAACUGGUCUAGAGUCAUGAUCCAGCUUGCCCACUUUAUCUAUGUUUACCUGGAGCUCAGUGGUAUGGAGCAGGCCAAGGCUGACGGAGACCUGCCUGAGCUGGAGGUGGUGGUUCCCACUGGAGGGGCAGGUAACAUUGCAGCUGGCUUCAUUGUAAAGCAGAUGGGCUUGCCCCUGAAGCUGGUUGCCAUGGUGAACUCUAAUGACAUAGUGCACAGGGCGGUAACCACUGGUGACUUUUCCAUGGCAGCUGAUGUCACACAAACUCUGGCCCCUGCUAUAGACAUCCAGGACCCGUACAACAUGGAGCGAGUGUUCUGGCUGCUGCUGGGCAAAGACGGAGCUUCAGUGAAGACCAUGAUGGAGGAGUUUCAACAAUCACAUAGACACUCUCUGGCCGAAAACCACCGCAGACUGUUGUCACAAGGUUUAUCGACUGGCACAGUGACUGAUGAUGGGAUCCUGGAGACCAUGAGGAGAUGCUGGGAGGAAAACCAGUAUGUGCUGUGUCCACACACAGCUGUGGCUGUAUGGCAUCACUACCACUGUCCCCCCCAUCCCGGGAUGAACAGGUGUUACGUUGCAACAGCAUCUCCAGCCAAGUUUCAGGCAGCAGUGCAGAGGGCUGGGCUGACCUUUGAUCUACCUGAGGCGGUGCUGGCGUUGGACAAAUUGGGCACCCGUUACCAGAACCUGGAGCGGAGCCUGAACUGGUGCAAAGACUGGGAAGACAAACUGAGAGAGACAAUCCAGUCUGUGAGUUCAGUCAGGAAAAACAGAGCAACUUACUACAUCUGAUUAUGAAAGAUGUUAGUAAACUGUAAGAUAGCAUUUUACUCACAUUCUGACUGGAGAUGGAAUCUAUAUAGGUAAGGUCAGGUGACUCUGGCAGUCUGCCCUUGAUCUAUGCACUCCCUUAUCUGAAGGUAGUAAAUGAUGUUGAUGUGAAAGGCCUCCUGUUGCCUCUUUGCUGAACUUUGGUCUGAAGUGUCAUACGACUUGCCUUUGUAUUUGUUCAGUGAUG